AUGUGCAGGGCGGUGUAUUACUGCGGCCCGGAGUGCCAGAAGAAGCACUGGAAGGAGCACAGGAGCCACUGCAAGCAGGUCACUGCCAUCACUGUCGAGGGGCACACGGUCGAGGAAGUCCGCGUCCCGGCGUCGAGCGUGCCGACUGCGAAACGCGUUCCGCGCGGCUGGGUCCGCUGCCCGGUGCCGCACAUGCUCGGCGUGCCCCUAUAUAUCAAGCGUGGCCUCGGACAACUAUCGAAACAGGUCUUCCAGGAACAGGUCGUCUAUAUGAUGGUCGACCCGGUCAGCGGGUUCGCGCCGCCGGACUGGCAGGGCGGGCCGGCGAUGGGGUUCGUCGGCAAGUGCAUGCUGGCGCGCGCGGACGGCGCCGACAUGUCAAACAAGGUCUACCGCGAAUUAUUUGACUACAUAUGGUAUCUGAUGGACUUUUACACCGAGGGGCGCGGGGAGGAGGUGGCGAGGGAGAUGCUGGACCCGGAGAGCUUCGCGGAGCACGUCGCGUCGCGUCGGGGCAUGAUUCGGUACGAUUGCGAGAACGUCGACGUCGGAGACGACGCCAGCGACGACAGCGGCAGCACAAGCAGCGAGGCGGGCGGGAGCUGA